ACUCAACCCAAUUUACCUGAAUGAUCUCAUUCGGUGCAGAGAUGUGAUUAGUGGAUGUGAUGCAAUUAUUCUUCUUCAGUUUCAUGGCUCUUAGCCGGGAACUUAUCACUGAACACUUAAAUGCCUCAUUGCUCUUGUGGAAACUGAGACUGCUGGUAAACAGAUGCUGACCUAAAAUGAGCCUAUCAGUCAGACAGUGUUACACAGACAGUUACCUGUAAGCAAAGCUUAGCGUAGAUGAUGUGGAACAGUUUUUGAUCAAACCAUAAAUCUGUGUCUUUUUUUUCUCUGCCUGUUUCCCAGGGUCAUGUCAUAUAUGCAAUAACGUCAAGCCUACUUUUUGAGUCUGUGGUGUGGUCACAUGCAUGUGACAAAAUAAGGUAGUCUCCAAAAACUAAGUAUAGCUGUUUUCAGACACAAAGUCUAGUUUGCUUUUCUUACAUGGAGUUCUAACAAGGCGGCUGGCUGGAGAAAGUCCUGAGAUUCUCCAGAGUUGUGCAUGUCUGAAAGCAGCUUAUGACUGCAGAUUUUUCUGUACACUAUUUCCCAUUAUGCAAUCUGCAAAGAAUGAGGUGUUAACAGCAAAAUAAAUGAUCAGAGUAAAAGUAUUAAUUAUAUUAAACAAAUUGUCAGUGACAAUUCCCUAUGAAUGUGGUUCAUGGUUAGAUAACAAGCCUUAAUCUGUACUCACCGUAAUACCAGCAUUUCUGGACAUUGCACAGUGCAUCACUUUUGUCUUUGUCAUUCAAAAGUGUCAAUUGAUUUAUUAUUUCGUUGAUGGGUAUCUAUUAUAUAUGAGGCUUGGCAGCUAAUUGUCAAACAGCUGCAGCUUCAAUGCAAGAAGUCUCCUUAUCACACCAAGACACAGGCACCAUGGUUGUUAUACCUGCCAUCAGGACAUUUCUUGAAAUGAAGAGCUGUGGAUCCGUCAGAAGCACCAACCCUGUGCAUAGUGGGCAACCUACAACCUGCCCCUGAGCCACAUCUAAUACAUGACAAAACUCGUUCAAAAGCAGUUAUAUAAAUCAUUUCACAGGCUGAGGUAUUGUCAUCUAAAGCAGUGGAAUGAAGCAAACCUUUGAUCUGAGACGGAGUCUCUAAAAAUAAAUGUAAAUAAAAGAUGUUGACAUUUUUCUAUUAUAACUACAUUAUUAGUGUAUAUAUACACAUACAUAUAUCCUGGAACAGUAAAGCUACAUCACUUAUUUGGACAUUUUCCAUAUAUGGUCAGGCAGUUGUUUUUUUAUUCACAAAAAUAUAUGUUUCCACCUCCAUGGCGCUGAUCAAAUUAAAAAGUCGGCUUCAAAACGGCAGUUGACAAACCAAUGGGUGACGUCAUGAUAGGUUGCUAAUUGUGUUUAGGUCAUGUGUGAUUGAUUAACUUUUUGAAAGAGCUGAGCAAAACUUCCCCCACUUCCAUUCUCUGUUCUGAAAUUGGUUAAAUCUCACAUACUUAGAUAAAACACCAUAUCACUUAUCUUAGACUAGAAACAAGCUUGUUUGAAGUUGAACUGUUGCUUUGAUGUUUCAUGCUUUUUUUAACAACCUUCCCUUUCUAAUUCUUUCCUGUGUUUCCCAGUUUCACACUAUCUUUUCAGGACAUAGUUUGUCUCUUCGGUUUCAUGUUUUGUCUGAAGCACAGGAAGGGUUUUGUACAAUGUUUUUGUUUUUGUUGUGCCCCCAUUUAUCUGCCCUUCAUUACAGAACCAUUUCCUACCCUGCUUAUCACCUUGUCCCAAAUGUCUAGACCACAGACGAAACUGCUCCAUAGCCCGGAACAAUCACUCAACCACUUACUCUUACAUGCAUACAUCCUCAGCCUGCAUAUUAAGCUGAUAUAUAUAGGUAUGAGAUAACAGUAGCUGAUUAUUAUCUCACAGAAUGAUACAUUUAAAUCCACUCUACCCUUGAAAAAUAUGUGGAUGAAAUUUGAGAGACAACAAUCAUAUUAUUUCUAUGAGUCCGGCCUGAGGUUUGCAUCAAAGGAAAGACCAUGGUGCUGCACAUAUGAAAAAUGUUAUGUAAAUAUUAAAACUUUUUUGCACCAAAUAAUAAAACUGAUACCAUGUAAAAAUCCCACACAUGGCUUAUAGUCCCAAACCUCCCACUCCUCCAACCCAACAUGGACACACCAAACCUUUAAAGAAGUACACACUCAGAUGCCAUGAAUGUGAGAAAAGCAAUGUGAUAUCAAUCCUGAGUAAGUUAUACUGAUAUGUUUUUUUUUAAUCUGUGAAACAUCCUUGGCAAACAGUAACCUGGGUUCUGUGCAAGUCUCUACAUCAUCGGACAUGUUGGCCAGUUGUGCAACAUCAUGACAUUAUUAUGUCACACACCCUUUCCUCGAGAGCUCCUGUCAGCCAUUGAUCUUAUUUAUAGUAGUUAAAGAAACUGCCUUUAAUUUUGGUUAGGGGUAUUUAAUGUGACAGAAUACUUAAUUAAUCAAGCAGAUAAUACUGAAUCCAUUUUCCUUUCCACCUAACAAGUUGUUAAUUAGGGGUGUUGUAGAACCCUAUGAAAACAUUCUUCUGAGGCUCUGUCUUCUUUUUUUAACAGACUGGUGGUGAGGCUAUUUAAGGGGCAAGUAAGGUCUAUUGACAUGCUGUUGACUUUCAAUAUGGGGAAUGUAUAUCACUAUCUCAAGGCCACCCUUUAAUAAAAGGAACUAGGUCACAUCGGGUAUACCAAUACAGAUGCAAAACAUAAGAGUACAACACCAUUGAUCUAUUGUGUGUUCCAUGUUAUGACGCUGUAAACACAGUAGGGCUGCAGGGAUUUACUCUAAACACUGACCAUGGAGCUGCAAUCUACAUCUACAUUUUUAGAUCAGUAUUGACAUUGCACCAUGACACAUUCUCUGACUCUUGUUGUUGAGGUCACCAGCAUGGACUAUACACCAUGAAGAUCUAUCGUUUGAAUCUUUUAAAGAGAAUUUCAGGCUGUAUUGGAUUUUGUGGAUGAAUGAAUGGACGUGAAGUGCAAGGAUGAAGAUAGAUAAUGAAUGUCUCUGUUAGGCUGCUCUGGGAGGAUUUAAUGUGGAAUAGAUGGAUGGAGACUCAGUGUCUGUCUCAGGCAAAUUUCUGCCCAAGCAGAUGUUGGGCACCAGACAAAACCUAAGGAGAGACAUGAGAGAAAUAUGCACUAGAAGGGAUGAGGAAAGGAAGGAUAAAGGGAUGUAGGCUGACCACGUAAAAAGGGUUGAAGGAUAAUUUGAGGAGUGAUCAAGGCGUGGUCCUGUUCCUGAACCUAACUUCAAUUAUAAACUUCAUUAGUAGUAAGAUUGAUUUCCAAAAAACUGGAAAAGCACAUUCCUCAAACCAAUGCUAACGCCCUAUCACGCCAUGUUAAAGUAGGUGGAAAAACAUUCCUGAACCUGCCCGUUUAUCCAUAUUCAGUUUAAGGGUUCUUCCUUUUGUCACGCUCCACAAAGUUUUAUGGAAAUUGUGAGUAAUCCUGCUAACUAACAAAUACAUAAUUUCCUUGGGGAGGCAACAAAUCAAGAAGUUGCAGUGACUGCUUUUAAAAAUCAUCUCAGAUCCUGGAGAUGCGCUCUUUUUUUUUUUUGUCCUAAUCCAUGAGAUUUCAUUCAGGAAAUUUGUCAGCUGUUUCUUUGGGAUCUGGAUAAAAUGCUUUAAACAUCUGAGGCUUCUUCCCCAGUGUUACAAUUACGAUUAAGCUUUAUGGUGAGGCGUAUAGCUCACCGGGCUAUGCCUCACCCGUAGCGGCCUGGGUUCAAAUCUGGCCUGCAGCACUUUCUGCAUAUCUUCCCCCACUCUCUGUUUUCCCCCUUUCACAGCUUGCUCUCUGUCCUCUCCAAAAAUAAAGAAAAGCCCCAAAAAUGUUCUUGGUCGAUGUAUCUGGCUUGAGGAUUAUAAAUACAACAGUAACAAACCACAUCUUCCUCCCCACAGUUGAACAAACACUCUCAAAAAUAGAUUUAAUACAAAGUGGCACCUAAUGAGAGAGGAUUCUGUUAGGGUUUGAAGUACUCUGUCUAUAUCCCUUUGUUUUCUCCUUGCACUGAUCGGUAGAAAUGUCUCUGAUGAGGGAUUCUUGAACUUUAUCCAGCGUGCAGCACCACUCUCCUGUUCACAAGGCUUUGAAGAACUGGGAUACUACAAUGGUUCAGUAUCCCACACUGAUUCGGGCUCCCCCUGUCUGAAGUGGACAGACUUCCCAGACUACAUGCACCAGUACCCGAACCGAGGCCUGGGAGACCACAAUUUAUGUCGGAACCCAGACCAAGAGCCCAACCCCUGGUGUUUCUUCAGACAGAGCUCUGGUGCCAUUGGCUGGGCUUACUGUGACUGCCAUCAGGGUGCAGCCAGAUUGGUCGGGGGAUCAUCAAGCAACAAUGGGCGUUUGGAGGUCUACCUGAAUGGCCAGUGGGGGGCAGUAUGUGACACACAUUGGACCAACCAUGAUGCCAGUGUCAUAUGCAGACAGCUGGGACUGGGUGAAAUUGGUACAGCCCUGCAGGACUCCUACUUUGGUCCAGGAUCGGUUUUCCAUUAUGAGCGUCUGGGUUGCCGUGGUAAUGAGAAUUCCCUACUGGAGUGCCGGAGCAGGAAGUUUGGCACCAGUGACUGCACACGUGGCAGUGAGGCAGGGGUGGUCUGUGCUGAACCUGAGGGAACUGGCAUCCAUUUGAGGCUGGUUGGAGGCCUGGAGGACUAUGAGGGCCGUGUCGAAGUGUAUCAUGAUGGCAUAUGGGGAACUAUUUGUGAUCACCAUUGGGAUGACCCUGAUGCUGAGGUGGUGUGCAGACAGUUGAACAUGGGUGGUGUGGCCAAAGCACGGACAUUGCCCCACUUUGACCAGAAGUUUGAGCCCGUCUUGCUCAGUGAGGUCCAGUGCACAGGUAAUGAACUUUCUCUGGAGGAGUGUCCUCACAACUGGGAGCAACAAAACUGUGACCACAUGGAAGUUGCAGGGGUGACCUGCAACCCAUACACAGAUGGUGCAGUCCGACUGGUGGGAGGAGACAAACACUGGAAGGGUCGUGUGGAGAUUUACCAUCAGGGAGUAUGGGGCUCUGUAUGUGAUGACAACUGGAGCGAGCUCAACGCCCAUGUAGUGUGUAGACAGCUGGGCUUCAGGGGCCCAGGGGAAGUGGCCCCUGACGAGGUGUAUGAAGAAGGUCACGGGCUGAUCCUGCUGGACGAUGUGCGGUGUCAGGGAUCAGAGGCAACUUUACUGGCAUGUACCCACUCUGAGUUGGGCCAGCAUGACUGCUCCCACAGUGAAGAUGUAGGGGUGUGCUGUGAAAUAGGGGGUGAUGCCAAUGACAUACCUGGCACAUUGCCUCCUGGUGGUCCACUGGUGCGUUUGGUUGGUGGAGAGAGCAGGAAGGAGGGUAGAGUGGAGGUCUUCCUUAAUAACCAGUGGGGAAGCGUGUGUGAUGAUGACUGGAAUGAUGUCAGUGCAGCUGUUGUUUGCAGACAGCUAGGAUUCACGGGCAAAACUAAGGCGCGAUCCAUGGCAUACUUUGGUGAGGGUCAAGGUCCUAUCCAUCUGGAUAAUGUUCGAUGCUCUGGCACUGAAACUUCCUUAGAGCAGUGUACAGCUGUGGGUCAAGAUAGCCAUGACUGUCGCCACAGUGAGGAUGCAGGCGUCAUUUGUGACUACACCUUGGAUCCUGUGGGAGAUGGUGCUGAGGCAAUACAAACCUGUGGCCUGAGACUCAAUAAUCAGCGUCGUCGACGCAGAAUCAUAGGAGGAGAUAAGGCACUGAGGGGUGAAUGGCCAUGGCAGGUAUCUCUGUGGCUACGGUCUCAGUCUAAAGGUAAUCACCCCCUGUGUGGAGCAUCACUCAUCAACGCCUGCUGGGUGGUGACUGCGGCCCACUGCUUCAAGAGAUUUGGCAAAGAUCCAACCCGCUACGUGUUACGCUUGGGUGACUACCACACUGAGGAACAGGAUGACUUUGAACGGACCUUGUCCCCUGAACGCAUUGUCAUCCACAGAAAGUAUCACAGUCAGGACUGGGAGUAUGACAUUGCCCUGCUGAGGCUCAAAGGCACAGAGGGCAACUGUGUGGCAUUCAACCCUCACACUAGUGCAGUGUGUCUGCCAGAGCCAGGUAACAAGUGGGAGAAGAGGCCUGCUGCCUGUGUGAUCACGGGGUGGGGCAUCACAGACUCAGACUACUCCCGGACCCUGCUCCAGGCUUGGGUACCCAUGCUUCCAGCGUGGAAGUGUAAGAAGCGAUAUGGUGAUCGCUUUACCAGCCGAAUGCUGUGUGCUGGGAGCCUGUCAGAGCGCCAUCGUGUGGACAGUUGCCAGGGUGACAGUGGGGGUCCUCUGGUUUGCCAGGGGGAGGGAGGCCGUUGGGUGCUAACAGGUGUCAUCUCCUGGGGCCACGGCUGUGGUAAUCCUUCCUUCCCUGGGGUGUACACUCGUGUUAGUAGGUUCCUGAGAUGGAUUGACAGAGUCAUCAACAAACCCUUCAAGACUUAAUGAUGGAGAAUAACAAUUGGUUACCUAGUGUUAUCAAGUGGCUUCAUUGUAGCAGAUGGUCUUUAUUGGUAAGGAUGCAGCCUACUGAUAAUUGCCCCUGUGUUAUGCCUCCCGAACUUCUACGCUAAGCAACAUUACUUCAAAAAGCAUGUAAAUAACAUUGCAUAUGAUACACACAGUGUAACUUGGUGCCAGAUACAGUAUAUAAACAGUAAACCAGUGCAUACAGCAAGUGGUAAAGGAUGAUUUGAGAAUUUGCAGAAACUGCUAUAUGUUUCUGUUUCUUGCUCCUCUUCAUCGUUCAUUCCUGAUUUAGCAGUGCUCUGCUAACCAAUAUAGUCAUACUGCCUCACUUUGCUCUCAACAGCAGUUCCUAUUGUUAAGUGGAAAUGUGUAUGUUCAUGACUAGAAAACACAGCACUAGUCCAGAAUUUUAGACCUUUUAGACCAGGGGAGAAACGUGCCUGAGCUCAGUGUGCACUAAUACAUUUAAAUUUAUCAAAAUUAAUUUAUAUCUGACAAACCAGAUUAGGACAGGACAUUUAUCAUACAGACCUGCGAUAUGUGCCUAUUGAAUUGUAAGCUGGUUACUAAGAGCCAACUGGACCCAUGAAUACCUUUACUGGGUAUAUAUGACUCUGAUAAAUUGUGAUCCACUAAGCCUGUCAUGUAAAAUUUUGAAUAACAUUGCACAUUGGGUUAAAUGUUAAAUGGCCAGAGCCAGUGAAGGAAAGACAGAAAUAGAGAAAACACAAAUGCCUGUGAAAAGUGUCUAGAAUAGUAUUGGAAUGAAUUUGUGCAAACAGAUAUUUUCAGACAGAUUAUAUUUAUUUAAGAUUCAUUACAUUCCAUGUGUAUGUACCUGAACCUACACAUUUCAAAUCAUUAUUCAUUUUUUCACUGUUAUUCGCCAUUAAUUACAGUCUAUCGAAUUAGUUUGGUGUCGACUACUAAAUAGUACAAAGUGUUUGUAGUGUAUAGUAGUAGCCCAUUGAUAUGCUGUUCACACAUGGUUUAGAGAGGAGUGACUGUAAAAUAUGAAACUGUCCUUGGGCCCUUGAUCUCACAAACCCACCAAAGCCUUAAAUUGACUGUUAAUUUGUUUGUGGUAAUUUGUUUUGCUGUAUUUGGGGAUAUGGGAAUAUGUAUAUUAUCGAGUGAUAUGGUAAGGGCCUAAAGGUGGGUCCUGCUUCAUCACCUGAUCUGAGGCGAUGUCUAGACAAAGACCCUGUGUAAAACCUAUAACAUUCAGCUCAUAUUGUGCCUACUUGCGAUAAUGUUGGAUUCAUCUGUAUUUAUUUUGAAAUACUGUAUGCAAUGCACAGGAACAACUGUGCUAUCUUUCAGUUAUGUGUUGAUUUGCAUUGGCAAAUCCAAUUUUCAUUUUUCUUAUCAUAUUAAUUUAUUUGGAAAAACCAUCAAUGUUGACAUUUAAAUAUGAGACAAUAGAGAAAUUGAAACAUUGCUGUCGUUGAUUAUGCUGCUGGGGUAUUUAUUAAUAAUGUACAUAUUAUGUGUUAUAGCCACAGGAAAUGUAAAAGCUGCUUAGUCUCUAUUCUAACUUGAGCCUUUGUUC